UGUGUCACCCCUGUGGAGAGAAAGUGCCAGCUCAGCGGGCUGUGGAGGAACGAACAGGACUCACUGAUGGAGAUUUCGGCACUGGCGGAUGAUGGAGGCUUCCAAGGCGAGUACCUCACCCAAGUGACCCUUGCUGGUGGCUGUACACGCAUCUCUCCCCUGAGGGGAGCCCAGCAGCAGCCCAGUGAGGUGGCAUGGCCCACCUUUGCCUUCACCGUAUGGUGGGACACAUUCUCCAAUGCCACCACUGCCUUUGCUGGGCAGUGCUUCGUGGAUGCAAGUGGCAGGGAGAUGCUGAGCACCAUGUGGCUGCUGCGUGAAGCUGUUGGGUCC